UGUGAAAUAUUCAUUAUAAGUUUAAAAUAUCAAUUCUGUAAUAUAAUACGGUUAAUUAUAUGUUAUCUACUGAAUAGUGCUUGUACACGUAUACCAAGGAUUCGUACCUAUAUUACUAUUUUAUUUAAAGAGGAACAAUGUCAGUAAUACACGAAUAACAUUAUUUUUUAUAAAUAUAAGUAAAAAGAAGGGCUAACAUGGGGGUCUUCUCGCAUUUAUAUUGCGUAUUUGUGUAUGCUACCAUCACAUCACUUGCCGGUUUUGUUGCAGUUGUGAUAUUACUUCUAAAGUUUGCAAAACCAUACCCUACUGUGGAGCGUUUUAAAGAAGAAGAAACAUUUAAUGAUCCCCAUACAAAGUCACGGAAAAGGUUUUAUCAACUUGAACAAUCCCCAGUUGUUCACUUAAGUGUUAUUGUUCCUGCUUAUAAUGAAGAAGAAAGAUUGCCACCAAUGCUAGAUGAAGCCAUUGAGUUUUUAGAAAAAAGAACCCAAGAGCAAUCCUCAUACAAGUAUGAAAUUAUUGUUGUCAGUGAUGGAAGUAAAGACAACACUGUUAAUGUUGUUGAAAAGUAUGUUGAGAAAUAUGGCUGUGAUAAAAUAAGAUGUUUGGAAUUAAUAAAAAAUAGGGGUAAAGGUGGAGCUGUUAAACUGGGAAUUUUAAGUUGCAGAGGUUCCUUGAUAUUAUUUGCUGAUGCAGAUGGGGCAUCAAAGUUUGAAGACUUGAAUAAACUUGAGGCUGCCUUAAAUGAGUUACUGAAAUGCAAUACAACUACAGAAUUAGAACUUACAAGUAACAGCUUGGCUGUUGUUAUUGGAUCAAGGGCCCAUUUAGAAAAGGAAUCACUGGCUAAAAGGAGCCUAUUUAGAAACAUUCUUAUGUAUGGUUUCCAUUUUCUUGUGUGGUUAUUUACUGUCAAAGGUAUAAAAGAUACACAAUGUGGAUUUAAAUUAUUUACAAGACAAGCAGCAAGAAAAUGCUUUGGUAGUCUUCAUGUAAAUAGAUGGGCAUUUGAUGUAGAAUUACUUUACAUUGCACAAAAACUAAACAUUCCAAUAGUAGAAAUACCAGUGCGUUGGACUGAAAUAGAUGGUUCUAAAGUCACACCUGUCUUGUCAUGGAUACAAAUGGGAUGUGAUUUAGCAAUAAUAUGGUUAAAAUAUAAAAUUGGAGCGUGGAAAAUGAAGACAGCCUAGCAAGAGCACAAUUUAAUAUUAAUAUUAUUGUAUUUUACGAUUUAUUUAUAAUCAUUUUACAUUAAAAAGAUAAAUGUCUAAAAAUAAUGCAGUGUUUAAAAUAAAUAUUUAUUAGGACAUAAAAGUACUAACAUGACAUAAAAAUAUAUGACAAUAUCUCUAGAGCUUAAGUUUUAUAGAAAUGUAUAAAAAUUUAUGCUUUGACGUGGUAUAAAUUGGAAUGGAUUUGACAUAAAUAAGAAUAACUUUGUUUAAAUACAAGUUGCUACAAUACAUUAAGCUUACACAUGUUUGAGCAUUACAUUUACUUUUUGGCCAUUUGAAUUUCUUAAUUUUUGAAACAACAAAUUAUAUCACCAACUAUUAUUCAAUAAUAAAAACAAAACCUACAACCACUUAUUGUUGUUCUUAAAUAUCAAUUAUAUAACUAGAGAAAUAACUAUACAUUGUAAAAUAUCUUAGAUGGUCAGUUGCAAUAUUCUCUUUGCUUUUAAGGUAGGCAGAAUGAUUAAUAUUAAAACAUUUUUUUUUUAUUUUACAAUUAAGUAUAGCUUUUGAAAUAUUUAUUUUUAAUAAUUCAAGAAUUGAGCUACACUAGAGAUACUACAACAUAAUAGAAGGAACAUGCAUAGCUGUUUUCAAACUACAAAAUGUUCAAACUAAACCUGAAUUACUUGGCUUGCAUCCAAACCUGUUCUUGAUAA